ACGGACCAAACUGACUGACUAUCAUCAGCUGCUUUUGGCAGAAUGAUAACAGUUUCCCAAAGUAAAAAUAAUUCUCAUAAAAUCGAGAAAAGUGUCGUCACAUUCGUUUGAAUUUACGUAUUUUAGCAUUCCUCAAGUUCUUACUAGACGAGCCCCUCUCGCGAGUGGUUGUUAACGUGGAUUGAUUUCGGUGACGGAAGUGAAUCGUGCAGCUUGCGGGUGACGAAUCGUGCGUGUUUGUGAAAACUGAAUUACCACAUCGUUUGUUAUAUAACCGUAUAUAUGAGAUAAAGUAGAACGAUCUUUAGAAUCGGAGUGGUGAAUGAAUGAUUGUUGGAAUUUUGAGGCGCGUAUCUGUGAGUUGUGGCUCGUGUGUAUAAGCAGAAUGGGCUGCUACGAGCUUAGCUAAUCCACAGGUGUCAAGUCUGGAAGAAACGAUGAUAAAAAUUCAACACCAACGAAAUCAAACGACAAGAUACGGUCUCGGACUGGUAUGCUGAUCAAACGGGUGCGAACGCUUCGGACCGUGUAGAUUUUUGGCAACGAUAACGACGACGGCUGGCUGCGGUGGCGGGUGCCGGCGAUUAGGUUCUAAAUUUAUUCAAUCAAAACUUGUAGGAAGUGUCCCGCACAGGCUGUGCGAGGAAAGCAGAUACAAAGCGCUCAAAAUUCCCUCAUCAAGCGAAACGACAGCCCAGGCGAUGGCCGUUGUGAGGGCCGGACAGGACCUGAAUAAUGCCCGGGGGAGCCCCGGGGUUGUGUCUUGGCGAGAAUUCGCCUGCGGUUGGGGAGCGGCCUUCGUCAACAUCACGGUCACAUAUCCCAUCUACAAAAUGAUAUUUAGACAAAUGUUGCAUGGGGUGCAGCUGAAUCAGGCAUUCGGUCAGAUUCGUAGCGAAGGAAUCACGUAUCUGUAUCGGGGAAUCUUUCCGCCGUUGGCGCAGAAAACGAUUUCCCUGUCGUUGAUGUUCGGUGUGUACGAUGGGACGAAGCGACCGUUGGUGGAAUUCUUCGGAAUGAAUGAGUACGCGGCCAAAUCGCUUGCUGCAAUGGCAGCGGGCUCAGUGGAAGCGGUGCUGAUGCCAUUCGAACGGGUACAGACCUUACUGGCCGAUGCAAAGUAUCAUCAAAAGUAUAGGAAUACGCAUCACGCGUUUAGGUAAGCGCUUUUUUUUUAC